AUGGAAGUUGACACAGGCUCUGCACUUUCCAUCAUCUCCUGGGAAACUCUAAAGAAGAUGCUUCCAAGGAUCUCUAAGAAGAAGCUCCUGAAUUGCCACCUGACUCUGCGUGAUUACCAAGGCAGGACCAUCCCAGUCCUCGGGAAAGACCCUGCACCCAUCCACACUAUCUUCGAGGUCAACGAUCUCAACCUGCCCAUUACUGCCCUUGACAUUGCUGCUCACUCCUCAAGGGACAAGGGUUGUUUACUGUGGGGGACAAGGGUGGUCAUCCCUGCUAAACUACAAGGGCCAGUCUUAAAGGUCCUGCAUGAAGACCAUCCAGGCAUCAUCAGGAUGAAGGCCCUGGCCCGCAGCUACAUAUGGUGGCCAGGCAUGGAUGCCCAGAUCUCCAGCUGGGUAAGCACGUGCCAACCCUGCCAGGCUACCAGGCCAGCUCCACCAUCAUCUACUCCUACCAGGUGGAAAGACGCUGGGGCCCCUUGGUCCUGGCUGCACAUUGAUCUGGCAGGCCCUGUGAACAGGCGAACUUUCCUAAUCAUUGUGGAUUCGUUUUCAAAGUGGAUUGACCUGGCCCUGCUGCCCUCCACAACCACUCUUGCUAUCACAAAAGCCCUAACCAGAGUAUUUGUCACCCAUGGCCUCCCAGACACCAUUGUAUCCGACAAUGGUCCCCAGUUCACCUCUUGCAAAUUUGAGGUCUUUGCAGCCAACCUGGGCAUCAGGCAUGCCCUCACAGCCCCUUUUCACCCUGCUAGUAACGGGAUGGCUGAAAGGGCAGUCAGGUCAGUAAAGGAGGCCCUGGAGAGGUUUGGCCCAAUUGACUGGCACUCCAAACUUUCCAGGUACCUACUGACCCAGCACACAACCCCCUGUACCACCACCAAUAAAUCCCCUGCAGACCUCCUUAUGAGCAGACGCCUUAGAACCACCCUGGAUAGGCUGCACCCCCAUUACACCCCAGUUACCCCUUUGGCAUCUGACAGCCAGGCUAGAGAGUUCACCCUGCAGGACCUGGUCUAUGCCAGGAAUUACUCUGGCCAUCCCUUAUGGGUGCCAGGGCAAGUCGUGGCUAUAACAGGGCCUAAGUCCUACAGGGUGCUCCUGGAUGACGGUCGUACCUGGCGCCGGCACAUCGACCAGCUGAGAAGGUGUUGGAGAGUGGCCGUUGAUGACCCCCACUGCCCGCCAAGCAAACUGGUCUACCCACCAAGCACUGAGACUUCCCCAGCAAACGAACUGGUCUACCCGCUGAGCGCUGAGACCUUCCCGCCAAGCGAACCGAUCUACCCGCCACGCGUUGAGACUUUCCCGGAGCGAGCCGAAUGA